CUCUUAUAAUCUUAAUUUGCCUCCAGGACCUGUUUAAAUAUGAUCCAUUUCCUCUCUAAUUGCUUGAGUAUACUAUAUUCACAGAAAAUCCUCAUAUAUAGACACUAAGGAAUUAGCUCUAUCCCAAACUACUGUUUAAUUAGUUGCCAUAGUUGCUAGUAAAUAGUAAGGAGAAAUUACACAGUAUACAGCAUCGUAGUUUUGUUUCUCAAAAGAGUAAGGGUUUAGUCCAACUCUGUGGUUUUUGGAUAUUAUUUCUUUAUCAAUUGAAUAGAAUUUGUCCAAAAUGCGCACGGCAGCGUGGCUUUGUAGGAUACUGUUUACCUUCAGAGCGCUGGAGAGUGGAAGCUGAGUUCAGGUCACGUGACCGCGCGCCAUGCAAAUCAGUCCCCAGCUCGAACGUGAUUGGUCGCUUCGCUCUCAUUUAGCGGCUGUCAAAGCGCAUCAUAUGGCCGCUCUGCUACUAACUUUUCUCCCGCGCCGCACAAAGUAGCUCACAGGCUUUUUCACGGCACUGGAUGAGAAAUUCAAAAGCUGAAAAGAAAGGUAAAGAAAAUAGCGACUUGUAUCGUUUUGGAUUGUAUACCUUUCCUUGUUCUGUGGGGAACCUUUUCUUUUACGCGUCUGUGCCAGCGGACAGGACAGGGACGCCGCUGUUUGGCUCCAAGAGUGAAUGUUUCUCGCGUGUUGAGUGCGAAAGUUAAAGCCAGGUGAAUGUAUAGCAUGAUGAUGGAGACGGACUUGCAUUCCCCGGCUCCCCAAACGAACACGAGUGCGGGGCACACGGGCCAAAACGCUCCGGGGAAACUGAGCCAGGAGCGCGUCAAGCGCCCCAUGAACGCAUUCAUGGUGUGGUCCCGCGGGCAGCGGCGGAAGAUGGCACAGGAGAACCCCAAAAUGCACAACUCGGAGAUCAGCAAGAGGCUUGGGGCCGAGUGGAAGGUCAUGUCCGAGGCGGAGAAGCGGCCUUUCAUUGACGAGGCGAAGCGUCUGCGCGCAAUGCACAUGAAGGAGCACCCGGAUUACAAGUACCGGCCACGCAGAAAGACCAAAACGCUGCUUAAAAAGGACAAAUACUCCCUGGCCGGCGGGUUGCUCGCUAGUUCUGCCGGCGGUGGCGGUGUGACUCUGGGGAUGAGCACAGUGCAGAGGUUAGAGAGUCCCGUGGGUCACGGCGGCGGAGCAGGCGCGGCGAGUUACGCACACGUGAACGGCUGGGCAAACGGCGCGUAUACAGCAGCCGCCGCCGCAGCCAUGAUGCAGGAGGCGCAGUUAGCCUACGGGCAGCAUGCAAGCGCUGGCGCCGCUCACCAUCACGGACACCACCCGCAUCACCAUGGACACCACCACCCGCACCAUCAGCACGCCGCCAGUGCGCAGUCCGUGCACCGCUACGACAUGAGCGCACUGCAGUACAGCCCCAUGUCGAACUCUCCGAGCUACGUGAGCGCCUCGCCGUCGGCCUACGCUGCCAUGCCGUACACGCAGCACCAGAGCUCUGUCUCGGCGGCGGCGGGAGGCGUCGGCACGCUCGGAUCGCUCGUGAAGCCCGAGCCGAGCGCGAGCCCUCCCCUCAGCGCCGCAUCCCGCGCGCCCUGUCCCGGUGAUCUGCGCGAGAUGAUCAGCAUGUACUUACCGGCGGCCGAGGCUGGAGACGCGGCUGUUCAGAGCAGACUGCACGCGCUGCCGCAGCACUAUCAGAGCACUGCCGCUGCCAUUAACGGAACCGUCCCACUGACGCACAUUUAAAGAAAGAAAAAAAUCAUUAAACUGAACCACAUAUAUUCACAAACAAGUAACCAAAUAUUUACCUCUUUUUAGAUUAUACCUGCUUUUUUGUACAGAAUGUUUUGUUGUAAAUUUAAAGCUGAUUAUUAUUUAAGCCUUGGUUCACUGGUAUUGUCAUUCAACAGAAAUUCAUUUCUCCGAUUUGCCUACAUUUCAGAUAAUAGCUUUAGGCCAAUAUGUAAUAUGAAAAGGAUAAGGAUACCAGCCUUUACACAAUCUAGAUCAUUUUGUGAAAACUUAAGAGUUUUAAAUAUUUUUAAUGAUUAUUAUCUGUGAAAUACAAGUUUUAAUACACAGGAAACGCCGGGGAACAAUCCAGAGUGAAAACGCCUAUAUUUUAAAGGGUAUUUUAUUUGUCCAUAACCCGCAAUUGUUUGGUUUGUAAACACGUGACUGAGCCUGUGUAUUUAAUUUUUUUUUUUCCUUUGGUCGUUGUAUUUUUCAUUCUUGUAAAUUGUGCACAUAUGAUAGAGGAAAAAAGUGAUAGGUCUGAACAAACUGUAAAUAGUUCGUUAAUCCAUUUUUCACUUGAUUAUUAUUAUUAUUAUUAUUAUUAUUAUUAUUAUUAUUAUUAUUAUUAUUAUUAUUAUUGCAAAUAGAAAAGCAAAGGUUUUUUUGCGUUGGGAUGAAACGAAUAAAUUUCUCAGCUGUUGCUCUUAUUCUGGUGUUAAUUUGAUCUUUGCAUCGACUGCCGACUCCAGUGCGAUCCAGCACUUCCUGAGCCAAAAAUCCGCUGUCAGCUUAUAGAUAAAUAAAUAAACAAGCUUAAAUGCAAAUUUGUAAAUAUAUUGUGAAAAUCUUAUGUUUCUAGAGUCCAG